UCCAAAUGAGGUCUGAGACUGACAGCGGUCCAUCUCGCCACUUCCUGUUUGCUGCAGGAAGUGAACUUGGGCAUCUUGGGUCGAUUAAAGGGCUGUUUCACCAUUUCUGAAGGUUUAAGGAUUCUGCUUUAACAUCCAGAACACUGAGAUCAGACAGAACCGGGCCGGAACCGAACCCCUGGACCACUGGGUUUCUGUUUCUGACUGAAGAGAAUAUUAUGACCUCUGAUUGUUAGGGGUUGGAGGGUUUCAGUCAUCAACAGAACAUCUUUACCUCUAACUGGGCAUGGAGAUGACGGCGAUGGAGCGGCAGCAGGUGGAGGAGCAGGUGGAGCAGCUGCUGAGCGGCCAGGGGUCAGAGGUCACUCUGUGUGACCUGGGUCUGGAGCUGAGCAAGCCAGCGACUCUGAGGAAGAACGUCACCUACAUCGUCUGCGGGAUCAUUUUCAACGAGCAGGAGGAGGUGCUGAUGGUGCAGGAGGCGAAGCCGGACUGCUACAAGCAGUGGUACCUCCCAGCGGGGCGGGUGGAGGUGGGGGAGAGCCUGGAGGAGGCGCUGCGGAGGGAGGUGAAGGAAGAGGCGGGCUUUGACUGCCAGCCAAUCACAUUGCUGCUGAUCCAGGAACAGGGACCGCAGUGGAUCCGCUUCAUCUUCCUGGCCCGCAUCACAGGAGGAAGCAUGAAGACGCUGACGGCGGCGGACCAGGAGUCUCUGCAGGCGUCCUGGUGGGACAGACAGUCCAGCCUGUCGCUCAGGGGGCGGGACAUCCUGCGCCUCAUCGACUACGGACUCAGGUACCACCGGAGCCCCUGGCACGGCGCCUCGCUGCCUCUGGACCUGAGCUGCCGCCACAUCGUCCAGCGGACGCUGCUGCUGUUCGUCGGAGCCGAGAACCGGGUCUGGAUCCUGCUGGUCCAAGCCCCGACCCCCCACCUGCCCACGGCGGCGGCCCUGAAGACGCACGCCGUGACGUGGGCGGCCAACAUGGCGGUGCAGGAGGCGCUGCCGGCGUCGUACUACGACCACGACGUCGCCACGCUGGGCAUCCUCAGCCUGCAGCACAACGGCCGGCAGCACGGCCGCACCGACGGCGUCUGCUUCAACACGCUGGCGGCGCUGACGCCCGACCGGCCGCAGCGGGACGAGGAUGGCCUGGCGGUGGAGCGGCCGGCGCCGGCCACGCCCCCGCCGGUGGAGAACCCGCGCUACGUCUGGAUGGAGGUCCGGGCGCCGGCGCUGAGGGAGGAGCUGCUGCGGCAGAGCCAGAACCCGACCCUGCUCCCGGUCCAAAGCCUGUACUGACAGGAAGUCACUGCCGCCGGGCUCUUAUUGUGAAGGGAACGUCACAACGUUCAGCUUUUAUUCUGAAAUGUAAUGAUGACGGUCCGACCGGCCUGUUCAAACCCACCGGACCUUCAGAACCUGGUUUUAACAGAACCUGAACAGAAAACGUCUCCAGGUGAAUAAGAAGCCAUAAAGAGACUCCCGGUUCUGCAGGACAAACGGGUCGAAACGGUUCUGCUCAACAGGAAAAACACACAUGAUGAGUACGGAGGCCUGAAAGGGACAAAAUAAAUAAAAAGUAAAACUUCC